CCCACCAUAUUUUAGUUUGAAAAUGGAUACCUUAAUCAAGCAGACAAGGAGGAAGCAUCCAGCUUCCCAGGAAAAAAUUAGAGAGGUUGGUAGCUCAACUAGAGAGAAAAAAGUGUCAGCAAGGAAGUCUGUUUCAUUCAAAGAAGAUAAGAAGAAGCCUUCAAACUGGUUACAGAAGCAGUUCUCGAGGCAAAUGAGUGGCCAAAGUUAUGAUCCCAUCGGAGAAAUGGAUCAUGCAGCUGCAGUUGCAGCCACUGCCUAUGCCAUAGCCACUUUUGAAGAAACUUGGCUAGAGAACUAUCAUAGUGGCCUUGAACUUGGACCUUCUUCGUCAAGGAGCAAGAGCAGAAGUGAAGAACUGUUGCCUUUAGAGGAACCAAGAAGCUUAUCAAGAAGAUUCUCAGGGCAACUUUCGUUUAUAGAUUCAGAGACGAAAGAUCAUAAACCUCCUACACUAAAGUCCCCAAUGAGAAAGUCAUCUUCGGUAAAAAAGACUUUCUCCAUGAACUUGAUGGGAGACCACACCAAACAGAAUCAAGAUUCAGAGGAGAAACAUGAAAGACAAAGAAAACCGGUUUCUGAACCACCACGGAUACAACCACCGCUUAGGACACGAUCAGAACCUCGUGCUCCACCGCCACCUCCUCCUCCUCUUCUAUCACCUUCGCCUCUGCGGCUUCCACCUAGGGAAACCAAAAGGCAGAGUUCUGAGCAUACUAGUCGAAAGGAUGAUUCUACAGCUGAUGCUUGGGAAAAAGCUGAACUAUCUAAGAUCAAAGCAAGGUAAGUAGUCUCAAUUCACAAAAACUUAUUUAUGUGUGUUAUUUACACUCACAUAUGUAUUACACAAGCAGGUAUGAGAAGUUAAACAGAAAGAUAGAUUUGUGGGAAGCGAAGAAAAGGGAAAAAGCUCGAAGGAAGCUGGACAUAUCUGAGGUUGAUAAUAUAAUGACUUUGUAUAAUCUAAUCUCAUAAUCAUUAUAUUAUAACUGGAUGAUAACUUGAGUUCAUUAUUCUCUAACAUGUUGGUACAUGAACAGCAGAGCGAACUAGAACAGAGGAGAAAGAGAGGUUUGCAGAGAUUUAGAGAAGACACAGAAUACAUUGAACAGAUUGCUGCUGGAGCCAGAGCUCAGGCGGAGAAAGACAGACAGAGCAAAGAGUUCAAGGUGAAGGAGAAGGCCGGUGUUAUCCGUAGUACCGGUAAACUCCCUGGAAAUGCAUGCUGUUUCUGACACUAAAACAAAGGAUUUCUGAUAACUGUAGCUAGCUAUAUGUAUGUAUGUGUGUGCGUGAGAGAUGAUAUGGGUUUUCAUUAAAAAGAAAGAAGAUCUUGAAAGCCAAAAGUGUAUGUUACAGAGAGCUCUCAAAGAUACUUUCUUAAACCAAAAUCAACACAACACUCAAAAGACAGCAAAUAUAGCAGCUUCAAUCACAACGUAAAUAGUAAAAAACAUGAUGCAGUUAAUAUGGACUUCUCAGUCACUAGAUCAACAGAAAAGGUUUCAUAAUCACAAUCAUUCCAUUCUUCUAGUGUUAAUUUGAUGGACCUCUUGAUUUGUUCCUAGAGGCGUUACUGAAAGGUAUCAUAAUCAUCAGCAGAUGUUUCUUUUCCAGUAAUUUAAGUGAUUAACAGAUUCCAUAGUUUCCACCAAAACUUCCAGUGAAACACUUGCUAACUAGUGAAGCUAUUCUAAGAACAUAAAUAAUGUCAAAAUU